ACAUUGCCGAGCUCAAUUUUUUACGAGUAGCCAUGAGACCACAAUCACUUCGAAUGACCUUUUCGUGUUCGAUAGACAUCUUUCUCAUCGUUGAUUUUUUUUUCCCCCAACGCGAUGCAAUUAGCACAAAUCUUGCACACCAUCGAAUCCGUAUAAAAGCAGUCAGUCCAUCAUCCAAACCAUCAGUUCUGCAAUCACCCUCCAAAUCUGUGUAUCUUACCCGCUGUUGUUCGAGUUCCAUCAUGAAUUUUCUGUCCGUGGUCGUUUUGGUCUGCUGCCUUUUCGCCGCAGUGCUGUCGGCGCCGGCUGAAUUUUACACCUCCCAAUUUGACAACAUCGAUAUCGAGAGUAUCUUAAACAAUGAAAAGCUCCUGGAUAACUACUUCAAGUGCCUUAUGGACGAAGGACCCUGUACCCUGGAGGGACGGACACUGAAGAGUUUGGUACCAGAUGCAUUGAACACCUCUUGCGCCAAAUGCACGGACAAACAGAAGCAGAUUGCCCGAAGAGUAAUAACAUUCUACUUGGACAAGUACCCUGCCAACUCCGCCAGAAUCAUCAAGAAGUACGACCCAGAGAACAAGUUCAAGGAUGGAAUCGAGAAGGCGCUCCUUGGAUCUCGUUGAUCAAAUACUGAGUAGAAAGAAUUUCAAUUUACACUAUAGCAGCAAAAUACGUUACCAUAUCCCUCCUUACUAAUUUAUUACUAUUAUUUAUGGCUAUAAUUUUAAAACUCACCCAUUAUUUUAUCGACAAUUGCAAGUAUAUAGGGAGUGUCAGCUAGUCAGCAUGGUGAUUUUAUACCGCCUAAGUAAAUUUAUCGAUGUCCAAAGUGCAGAACCACGUAUCUACGUUUGCAUUAUACUGCCUUCCAUACGUAAUUACUUAAUAAAACUACUACAAAACACUACAAAACUUCCUACUACCUACUACAAAACAA